AUGGAGGACCUGCUGGCCAAGGUGACGGGGCUGGAGGGCGAGAAGGCGGAGGAGGAGAAGCAGCGCAACUACAUGCAGCUGGAGCGCGACAAGAUCAGCCAGUUCUGGGAGAUCACGAAGAAGGAGCUGGAGGACCGCAAGGCGGAGCUGCGGACCAAGGACCGGGAAAUGGAGGAGCUCGAGGAGCGGCACCAGAUGGAGAUCAAGGUGUACAAGCAGAAGGUCAAGCACCUGCUGUACGAGCACCAGAGCAACAUCACGACGCUCAAGACGGACGGCGAGUCCGCGCUCAAGCAGCAGCAGGAGGAGUUCCGCGUGCGAGAGGUGGAGCUGAGCAAGGACAAGCGGGCGCUGAAGCAGGAGCUGCGGGACCAGGAGCUGGAGCACGAGACGAUCAUCUCGCAGCUCAAGCUGGAGCAGAGCAAGGAGAUCACGAAGCUGCGGCAGGAGUUCGAGCUGAACGCCAAGGAGCUGCAGCGCAAGUACGAGAAGAAGAUGAAGAUGCUCAGCGACGACCUGGACCUGCGGCGGAAGCAGGAGAUCCACGAGAUCGAGGAGCGGAAGAACGCGCACAUCAACGAGCUGAUGAAGAAGCACGAGAAGGCCUUCGCGGAGAUCAAGAACUACUACAACGACAUCACGCACAACAACCUCGACCUCAUCAAGACGCUCAAGGAGGACGUCGCGCGCAUGAAGGACGUGGCCGCGAAGCACGACCGCGACAUGAACCAGAUCGUUCAGGAGAACAAGCGGCUGAUGGAGCCGCUGCAGCAGGCGCGGAAGGAGGUGGACACGUUGCGGCACCAGGUGGUCAACUACGAGAAGGACAAGAUGACGCUGAGCCAGACGAAGGCGCGGCUGCUGCAGGCGGACAAGAAGCUGAAGAACCUGGAGUGGGAGAACGAGGUGCUCCAGCAGCGGUUCGCGGAGGUGCAGCGGGAGCGCGACGACCUGUACGACCGGUUCGAGCGCUCGAUCUACGACGUGCAGCAGAAGGCCGGGCUGCGGUCGAUGCUGCUCGAGAGGAAGCUCGAGGCGAUGUCGGAGCAGCUGGAGAAGAAGGAGAGCCAGCUGGCCGAGGUGCUCGCCGCGUCCAACCUGGACCCGGCCACGCUGCAAAAGGUCAACCAGAAGCUCGAGGAGGUGCUGGAGAACAAGAACUCCAUCAUCAAGGCGCUGCAGUACGACGUCGCGAAGGUCUGCAAGGCGCACAACGACCUCAUCCGGGUCUACGAGGCCAAGCUGGCCGAGUUUGGCAUCCCCGCCGACGAGCUCGGGUUCCGCCCGCUCGUCACCAACACGUCCACCGGGCCCGCGGGCCUCGUCGUCGGCAACUGA